AUGAAGGAGAUCAAUGAGGACUCCCAGAUCUUACCUAACGUCACUCUUGGGUUCCACAUCUAUGACAGUUACCUGAAUGCAAGGAUGACCUAUCGCACCACCCUGGACCUGCUUUUCAAAUCCCAGGAAUUUGUCCCUAACUACAAAUGUGAUAGCCAGAAGAAUAUCAUAGCCAUCAUUGGAGGAUUGGAUUUUGAUACAUCAUCUUAUGUAGCCGAACUUAUAGAAUUCUUCAAGAUUCCACAACUGACAUAUGGCUCAUUGGCCAAAGAGGAAUUCCAGACCAGUAAGCUCUCUUCACUUUAUUUCAUGGUCCCCAAAGAGGACCAUCAGUACAUUGGAAUUAUCCAACUGCUUCAUCAUUUCAAGUGGACAUGGAUUGGGAUUUUUGCUGUUGAUAACAACAGUGGAGAAAAUUUCUUACAGAAAAUGCAGCCCUUACUUUCACAGAAUGGAAUAUGCUCAUCAUUCAUACAAAGGCUUUCACAACUAGUCCACUUGGAAGAUUACCAGGAAUCUUUUCAAACAAUUGAAAUUAUUUCCAUCAAUAUGAUGAACAGCAAAGCCAAUGCAUUUCUUGUCUAUGGAGAAUCAUUGACGAUAAUGUGGCUAAAAUUUGCAACGUUUCUGACAGAUCCUGAAAGCAAAGAAAUUGCCUUAUUUAGAAAGGUGUGGAUCAUGACUGCGCAGAUUGAUUUUGUACUAUCAGGAUUUCAAAGCCGUUGGGAUCUCCAGAUGUUUCAUGGGGGUCUUUCCUUUAAUGUCCAUUCAACAGAUGUUGCAGGUUUCAAGGAAUUUCUUCUGACUGUAAAUCCUCUUUCAAUCUCCAGUGAUGGUUUUUUGCAUGAUGUUUGGGAACAAUCAUUUGAGUGUUCAUUUCCAAAAUCAGAGUUGAAAGAAAUAUAUAGUAGGAAAUGCACUGGGGAGAUGAAGCUGGAGGAUCUUCCUGCACCUGUGUUUGAAAUGGAAAUGACUGGUCAAAGCUACAGUAUCUACAAUGCGGUUUAUGCUGUGGCCCAUGCUUUGCAAGCACUACUCAUGCUGAGAUAUAAUAUUAAAAAAAUGAUAAUGAAUAAACAAACUGGCCAGCUAGAUAUCCAGGCUUGGCAGCUCCAUUCAUUUCUUCAAGGCAUUUCUUUCAACAACUCAGCUGGGGAGAGAGUGUUCCUGAAUGAGAAAGGGGAAGCAACAGGUGGAUUCGACAUCAUCAACUUGAUCACCUUUCCAAACAGAUCCUUUCAGAGAGUUAGAGUGGGAAAGAUGGAUCCCAGUGCCACAAAAGGGAAGAAAUUAUUCAUUGAUGACGAUGUGAUUGUCUGGCACCCAACUUUUAACCAGGAUCUUCCAUUGUCUCGAUGCAAUGACCCUUGUUUCCCUGGAUCCUGGAAGAAAGGGUUUGAGGGGGAUCCGUUCUGUUGCUAUGACUGUGUUCCAUGCCCAGAAGGGAAGAUUUCAAAUCAAAAUGAUAUGGAUGACUGUUUUGAAUGUUCAGAAGAUCAUUAUCCAAAUAAGGAAAAGAAAGGAUGCAUCUUGAAACCGGUCGUGUUUCUAACCUUUGAAGAAACCUUAGGAAUUGGUUUAUCCUCAGCAGCUCUUUGUCUCUUCUUCUUGACAUCUUGGGUACUUAGAACUUUUAUUAAGCAUAGAGAUACUCCCAUUGUGAAAGCCAACAACCGGUCCCUCACUUACACCCUGCUAGUUUCUCUUCUGCUCUGUUUUCUCUCCUCUUUGUUUUUCCUCAGCCAACCUGGCAAAGUGACCUGCCUUCUCCGACAAUCAAUGUUUGGUGUCACCUUCUCUGUAGCCAUUUCUAGUGUACUGGCCAAAACCAUCACUGUGGUUGUAGCUUUCAUGGCCACUAAACCAGGAUCUCAGAUGAGGAAAUGGGUGAGAAAAAGAUUGGCCUUUUCUAUUGUCCUUUCUUGCUCUCUCUUCCAAGCAUGGGUUUGUAUUCUUUGGUUGUCAACAUCUCCUCCAUUCCCUGAGUUGGGCAUGCACUCAGAGCUCCAAGAAAUGAUUUUACAGUGCAAUGAGGGGUCAGCUUUCUUUUUCUACUGUGUCUUGGGCUACAUGGGCAUCUUGGCCAUCGCCAGCUUUAUUGUGGCUUUCUUUGCCCGUAAAUUACCCGACAGCUUUAAUGAAGCCAAGUUCAUCACCUUCAGCAUGUUGGCCUUUUGCAGUGUUUGGAUCUCCUUUUUUCCAUCCUAUCUGAGCACAAAAGGAAAAGCCAUGGUAGCUGUGGAGGUCUUCUCCAUCUUGUCCUCCGGUGCUGCAUUACUGGGAUGCAUAUUCUUACCAAAGUGCUACAUCAUUGUUUUUCGGCCUGACCUCAACCGCAGGGAACAACUCAUAAAGAGGAAUUAG